CCUACACCUCCCAUUCCCCCUCACCCCCAACUCCUCAUUGAGAGAGAGAGAGAGAGAGAGAGAGAGAUAGAGAGAGAGAGGAGAGUGAGAGUUUGAGAGGAAAUUUGGGUAAAAGCUAUGGAGGAGACCGCGAUCGAUGAGCUCACCAGAGGGCGGGAAUCAACUAUCCGCCUCGAGCAAUUUCUCCAAAAGACGUUGCCCCCCGAGGCCCAAGGGCCGAACUCUACGUUUGCGGGGCUGAUUGGGGAGAUUCUUGGCUCGUUCGACAAAGCGCUCAGUAAUUUAGAUUCUGAAGGGCGGAGAUCUGGGGCUCUCCUCGAUCGAAGAAGUGAGAAUUUUGGAGGAAAGAAGACGAUCCGAUCUGGUCGUAAGGGUGGCUACAGAAGAAGGGCUCAUCCUUAUUCGUGCACACAACAAAGGAAAAGGACAACCGAUGAUGGGUAUACUUGGAGGAAGUAUGGACAAAAGGUUAUCUUCAGUGCAAAGCAUCCAAGGAGCUACUACAGGUGCACCUACAAGUAUGACAAAGGUUGCCAAGCUACAAGACAAGUCCAGCGAUCGGAGGACGACCCGACCAUGUACGAGAUCACCUACAUCGGCGAGCACACAUGUAGAGAUCUCCCUGACUCUUCGAUCAUCAUCAACUUCGACGGGACCGCCGCGACGAAUAACAGCAAUCAACCCCAAAAGGUGGAGUACUUUGAUGAAGAAGUCAUAAGCAAACUCGUCAUGACCGGAUUUUCGUCCUCAGAGAACCUAGUGCUACAAGAUUUAAUGGUGUCUAUGCCGAAGGUAGAGAUCGCGAGCUGUGGAUCGGAGAGCACCUCGGAUUUGCAAUCCCCGUGUGGCAGUUUCGAUAUGGAGUUCGAUGAACAGCUAUUCGAUUUCGAUGACAUCUAUUCUCAGUUUCGAGCAUAUCCGGAUUUAGAGACUAUGUAGAGUUGUCGACUAUAUAUGUUAGGUCUCACUCGAGCUUCUGCUUGAAAAGGAUAGGGGGGGAGUUUCAAUUUACCGCUUUUUUGUGUGAUGUAUAAGUUCAGAAGCAAAAUCAGUGGUUAGAUAUAUAGGUGUGCUAUUUGGGAUCUUGCUAAUUAGAUGUUUGUUGUACUAAAUCUAUUUUACAUCAAUUUGAUGAAAAUACAUAUAGCUUUAGAAUA